AUGGAGGUCGACCAACAACCCCCCACCGAGCAGCCACAGCAGCAGCGCACAUCCCGCAAGCACCUGCGCUCUAGCGACGACGAAGAUCACCCGGACUGGAGCUCGGAUGUCUCUGGCCAGUUCGACGACGCCGAAGAAGCAGGUCCGGACGACUACCGGUCUCCCUCUGCCAAGUCGGUCAAACGCCGCCGCUCGAAUGACUGGCCGCUGCCUGAAGAAAGUGCAGACUACGGAUCGUUGGAGCGUCGCGGUGCCCGGGCUGGCUAUGCAAGUCUUGUUGGCAGUACUGUCGGCAUGAUGAAAGCCUCGCCGCGGGCUUCGCCCCGAGGGUCAUUGGCGUCUCUCCGCAAUAGACAGCAUGGUAGUGGUGGUAGUGGUGGAGGUGGAGGAGGAGGAGGGGCAUCGUCCAGCCCGCGGCACUGGAGUGGUCGGCGCUCGCGGUUCAUCGAAGCCAGCAUGAGUGAUAGCGUCAGUGAGAAACCGCCUAGUGUCUUUACGCGCGAGGGCAAGUCAUCUGGCUCGCAGCGACAGUCUGGAAUCUUUCGAUUCGGCAAGGCCAUUGCAGCGGCGUUCAACCCCUUCGGCAGCUGGGGCAAGGCGACUUCCCCAGAAUCGAACAAGCCGCAGCCGCAGACGGAUGCGCUGAGCCAGGCUGAGCAGGCAUAUGCGGAGCUCAAGAAGUCUGGCUACAAGGGUACCAACAAGGGCGCUUACAUCCAGAGCCAGAAUGUUGAUUCAAACAUGGCGGACCAGACCUGGGAGUCUAUUAAGGAGAAUAUCGACUAUGGAGGGGAUGCGGCUGCUGUUGACGGUUCGGGUCGCCAUUCGACGGACCAUGGAGGAGACCGCAGCACUGCAAUAAUGCCACGGCGAGACUCCGGGGCCUCUUCGAAACGGUCUUCUUUCCAGGACCUGCGUAAGGCCAAGAUUCCAUUCAUGAAGACUCACGAAGCGCCGUCGACUGUCGUGAUGGCAUCGGAGUACAAUCCGGAUCGAAUGUCUGAGGAGUCAGAGGGCCCUGGGAUUCGGAGGCAGAGAUCGAGAAAGGAGCUUACACGCCAGGCGAAGCUGCUCAAGAAAGUUAGCAACCUCGAAGACAAGCUGGAUCGUGCGAGACGCGAGCUUCGCGAGCUGACGGGUAAUGAGCAUCUGACGUCUGCACCUGCGUUGCCGUCGCAGACAGAGACACCGGCACAGACACAGUCGCAGCCGCAGCCACAGACACAGGUACUGUCGCAGCCGCAGUCAAAGACACUGUGCAUGGAAAUGGAUCCCGAGAGCUAUCCACGCAAAUUCGUCCCUGGCGCUCUCCCAACCCUACCGUCCGAAAGACUCCUGGAUCAACAAGCCGCCGAAUCCGAGUCUUCUGCCGCCAAACCUUCUGUCAGUUCUGUCGGUGCAAAUGUGUCCCAGGAAGAAGAAUCACAGCUGGCACGACAAAGCGCCGCUCCAGUGGCGGCGAUUAAGUCCCCGAAACGGCGGUCCAAAGAGUCCUCUCGGCCGUCGUCUAUGGGUAAGGACAGCUCUUCCUCUUCCUCCCGCAAAAGGAAGUCACCAGUUCCUGAAUCACUCGGUAGUGGGAAGUCUGCUCAGUCCCGUGCGACGGAGAGCAUCGACAACGAUGACGACGCGCUCAAAGAAAAACAACAACUCCUAGCCGACUACGAGUUCAUGCUGAGUCCGCCACCUCGUCAAGCGAAGUGGCAGAAAUUCGAGGCUGGUGAUAGCCCCGGAUCGGUGGAGCGCAAACGCACCGCGAACGAAGAUGACCCUGAUGAUGCUGCUGCUGCUGCGGCGCGCAAAAUGUCGCCAUAUCAAACCCGAAGAAGAUCAGCUACCCCCCCACUCCGCCUCUCUCACGAGCCGCUCACCAAAUUCCAAAUCCAAGACUUCCACAAGAUCUCCCCCGCCUAG